CGGUGCAUAGUGGCGGGGUACUGAGAAGGGGAGGAGGGUGAUGGCGGCCAUUUUGAGCCGAGCCCGGAACGGAGUCUCGAUGGCCGGGCAACUGCGACUCCGCGGCGGGGAUUGAGCGGGCCAUGGAUGUGCGGAGGCUGCGCGUCAACGAGCUGAAGGAGGAGCUGGGCCGCCGGGGCCUCGACACUCGUGGGCUGAAGGCGGAGUUGGCGGAGCGGCUGCAGGCGGCGAUAGAAGCGGAGCAGGCCCGCGGCGGAGCGCCCGGGGCGGGAGCAGGCUCGGGCGGAGAGCUCUUGCUGUCUGACGGACAUUAUGGCACCCAUGUCAACACUCACCAGGACAACAUGCAAGGAUACCACCAGUCUUAUGAGCAUUGCGACAUUAAACAGGAGAAUGAGUCUGGGUAUGAGAGAGGAUCUAUAGACCAAGAUCAUUCUGGCGUACAUUCAGAAAUGAAGACAGAAUUGAAGCAAGAAGAGCCAGCCACUGGCUACAACAUGCCAACUUCUGGUUACAAUGCACCUUCCUCUGGCUACACAGGAUCCACCUCAAACUACAACACUUCCAUUUCUGGCUACAAUGCACCCCCUUCUGGUUAUGGUGCCUCUGACUCAUCUCAGUCCUGGCAGCAGCAAGGUCGUAAGAGGCCAUUUGAGGAGUCGCGAGGGCGUGGGUAUUAUGAACAUCGAGAGGAUAAGAGGGGCCGAUCUCCUCAGCCACCUGCAGAAGAUGACGAAGAGGAUUUUGAUGACUCACUGGUGGCCAUUGAUACAUAUAAUUGUGAUCUGCAUUACAAAGUUGCCCGUGACCGGUACAGCGGCUACCCUCUGACCAUAGAAGGGUUUGCUUACCUGUGGUCAGGUGCACGAGCUACAUACGGGGCGAGACGUGGGAGGGUCUGUUACGAGAUGAAGAUUAACGAAGAGAUAUCUGUCAAGCAUCUUCCUCCUACUGAACCUGAUCCUCAUGUAGUGCGUAUCGGAUGGUCACUGGAUUCCUGCAGUACCCAGUUAGGUGAAGAGCUUUAUUCCUAUGGCUAUGGAGGCACUGGGAAGAAAUCCACCAACUGCAAGUUUGAAAAUUAUGGGGAAACUUUCUCUGAGAAUGACAUCAUUACCUGCCUUGCGGACUUUGAGUGUGGUGAUGACAUUGAAAUAUCCUUCAUGAAGAACGGGAAAUGGCUAGGGGUGGCGUACCGAGUGCGGAAGGACACAUUGAGUGGCCAGGCACUCUUCCCUCAUGUUCUGGUGAAGAACUGUGCGAUCGAGUUCAACUUUGGCCAGAGAGAGGAUGCCUUCUUCCCAGUCCCGCCAGGGUUUACCUUCAUCCAGCAUCUUCCCCUGUCGGAGCGAGUUCGGGGGACCAUUGGACCAAAGAGCAAAUCGGAAUGUGAGAUCUUAAUGAUGGUAGGGUUACCUGCUGCUGGAAAGACCACAUGGGCCAUUAAGCAUGCUGCAGCCAAUCCAAGCAAGAAAUACAAUAUCCUGGGAACAAACGCCAUCAUGGACAAAAUGAGGGUAAUGGGGCUCCGACGCCAGCGCAACUAUGCCGGCCGCUGGGAUGUCCUCAUCCAACAAGCAACACAGUGCCUGAAUCGCCUGAUCCAAAUUGCGGCACGGAAGAAGCGCAACUACAUCCUGGACCAGACAAAUGUUUAUGGAUCUGCCCAGAGACGAAAAAUGCGUCCUUUUGAAGGUUUCCAACGCAAGGCUGUUGUAAUAUGUCCCACGGAUGAGGAUUUAAAAGAUCGAACAAUAAAGCGCACUGAUGAGGAGGGGAAGGAUGUGCCCGAUCACGCAGUGUUAGAAAUGAAAGCCAACUUUGCGCUGCCAGAAGCAGGCGACUUCCUUGACUCGGUGGUCUACAUUGAGGUGCAGCGGGACGAAGCAGAGAAGCUGGUGAGACAGUACAAUGAGGAAGGCAAGAAGGCAGGCCCACCACCGGAAAAGCGCUUUGACAAUCGGGGCGGUGGCUUUCGUGGCCGUGGUGGCGGCGGCGGCGGCGGCGGCGGCUUUCAGCGCUUUGAUAACCGAGGUCCACCUGUGGGCAACCGGGGUGGCUUUCAGAAUCGAGGAGGAGGUGGUGGAGGAGGAAGCGGAGGAGGAGGAGGAUUCAGAGGUGGCGGAGGAGGAGGAGGAGGCGGCGGUGGAGGCAGCGGUGGCGGAGGAGGAGGCUUCAACCGCGGUGGCUACAACCAGAAUCGCUGGGGUGGUGGAAACCGAGACAACAACAACAAUCGGGGCAAUUACAACCGGAACAACCAGCAGCCGAGCAGCUAUAGCCCGGCACGGAACCAGAACGCUUACAAGAGCAGCAGCAGCAGCAACAUUGCCUCUGCUCCACCUGCUCCUGCCCCUGCCGCACCUCCCAGUACUUACAAUCCGGGACCACAGCAGAGCUAUACCCAGCCCUACAACCCCCCAUCCAGCUACAGCCAAGGAGGUUAUGCCCCGACCUACAACUACGGGAGCUACAGCAGUUACAGCCAAAGCUACACCCAGCCCCCACCGCCCCCAGCUCCAGCCCCAGCCCCAGCUCCAGCCCCAGCCCCAGCCCCACCAACCUAUAAUCAGCCCAACUACAACCAGUACCAACAGUACGCCCAGCAGUGGAGCCAGUACUAUCAAAACCAGAGCCAGUGGCCCCCGUACUACGGCAGCUACGACUACGGGAACUACUCAGGCACAUCGCAGGGAGGCUCCAGCACUCAGUGAUGGCACCGGGUCAUCCUUGGAGAGAGCAGCUUGCUGCGCCCCUUUUGGCAAGUUUUUUUUUAACUUGAAGGUGGGCAUUUCUGUCUUGGGAGACCCAGGAGGGAAGUAGUCUCUCUGCCCAGAUUUCCUCUCUGUAGUUUAACCUUCUCCAUCCAGGUGCCCUCCAGAGGCUUUGGGCUAUCUCCCAUCAGCCCCAGCCAGCACAGCUGUGCUAACGGGGGCUGAUGGGAGUUGUAGUCCAAAACCUCUAAAGGGCACCAGGUUGGGGGAGGCUGCUGUAGUUUUUGAGGGUGGCUGCAUUUUUACCUGUAAAGCUAGAGGCAUGCGUCCUUUCCUUUGUACCAUCCCUCAUGAGGAAGUUACAUUAUUUCUCUCUCUUGUUGAAGACUUUCCCCCCGUUUUUGAUUUCCAAAAGAAAAAAAAGCUAGAAUGUUCAGUCUCACAUCCUUGUGCUUUUUAGGCCCAGAAUCCACCCUAAUACCAGACUUCCUACAGUAGUUGGGUGGGGGCAGUUCUGCAAGGACCCCUCUUAGGAUUUAUCACCACCCUCUCUCUUGAACCCACCUCACACAACUCUGCUAGUGAUCAUAAAUUCCAGACAUUUUGGAAAUCCUGCAGUUUGGUGUCACCCAUCUUUGAGGUGUUUUUAUCUGUCUUUUCUGCAAAUAACUAUUAAAACUGGAGGGAGAAGAGAUGGCUGUCUUAGGGUAAUUAUGAUUUUUUUUUUUAGAUUUUUCUGUAACUUUUUACUGUGGGUCAGCAGCUGUUAAUAUUUUCAUCAAGGUAACAAUUCCUUUUUGCUCAAUACAGGAGAGAAGAAAACAAAAGAGGGGGGAAAUCAUCUUAAAUGUGUAACUUUUUAUACAAUGUCUAAGUUUCUGUAACUUUGCACAUGCUUUGUGAUGAGUUGAAUUGUAACAGCUUUUUGUAUUUGGAGAAAAAAAGAGUGAAUAUUGAACUUUAAA